CGAUGACGGAUGACUGCAGACGCUGGAGGCCUUAUCGUACGUAGCUGGGCUGGGGAGAAGCAGGAAGCUGGGAAAAAAGAAAAUUGGGAGCUACUUAAAUCAUGCGGUCCCCCUCAGUUCCAAUUGACCGGUUCUUGUGUCAGGUACUGACUUGUGAUCGAUCAAUUGCAAGAUGUCGGCCAGAAUGAUGCGCUCGUUCGUUGCGUUGCUGGUGUUCUGCACCUUUAUUUCUGCAGUAUGUGCUGGCAAAAUGGAGGAUGUGAUCCACCAACGAGGUUAUAAUGCCAAACUCUUGAAGAAGAAGGAUGCCAAUGCUGCGAAGCCAAAGCCGAAUCCAAUUGUCAAGAGAGCUUCAGCUACAAGCUCGGUCUGCACACCCGUCUCUACCCCCAAUCCAACAGCACCACCCAGCUGUGGAGGGAACAAUUGCGCCAAUGAGUUCAACAAACAGUUCACCGCGAGUCUCGAUAACCUCGAAUCGUUCUGCAGCUCAUGGACCGCCGAAGAAUCUGCAGUAUUCGCUCCUACUGGCACAGCAGACUGGGCAACGAAUUGCUUGGGGACCUCGACCGACGCAACGGCCGUUGCGUCAAAAGUGUCCUCUGCCUGCAGCUGCUUUGUUCCCGAGCCGACCACUUGCUCCGAUGAUAGCGGGUUUAGAUUCUUGAAUGAUAAUACGAAGCCAUUCCAAGUCACUUCCCUCCCCGAAGUGAACUUCGACAUUGGCGAGAUGUACUCGGGUAAUAUCCCAAUCGACGAGGACGAUCCAUCACGAGCUCUCUUUUUCGUCUUCCAACCUACCGAUAGCGGACCCGUAGACGAGGUUCUCAUCUGGUUGAACGGCGGACCCGGGUGUAGUUCCUUGGAAGGCUUCUUCCAAGAGAACGGUCGGUUCAUCUGGAGUUGGGGUCAGCCCCAAGUUACAAUCAAUCCGUAUUCGUGGGUGAACCUCACUAAUGUGCUUUGGGUUGAGCAACCAGUUGGUACUGGCUUUGCUAUUGGUAAUGUCACUGCUACCGGUGAAGAAGAUAUCGCUCAGGAUUUCGUCAAGUUCUUUUUGAAUUUCCAGAAUAUCUUUGGUAUUUCUAACUUCAAGAUCUUUGUCACUGGCGAGUCGUACGCGGGGAGAUACGUACCCUACAUUUCUGCUGCUAUGUUGGACCAGAACGACACCACUCAUUUCAAUGUCUCAGGCGCUCUCAUGUACGAUCCAUGCAUCGGCGACUGCAGCUUCAUCGCAGAGGAAGUCCCAGCGUAUCCCUUCGUCGAAUACAACAACAACAUGAUCGGCUUAAAUGCUUCAUAUCUCGCACAAUUGAAGGCAGCGGACGAAACGUGUGGUUAUGCGGCAUACAGAGACCAGUACUUGGUGUUCCCUGCAGCUGGUGUCCAGCCUCCAGUGCCCGACUACAGCUCGGAAUGCGAUAUUAACAACCUGGCUACAAACGCUGCGUUCAAACUCAACCCGUGCUUCAACUCGUACGAGAUUGUUACCCAAUGUCCUAUGCCCGCUGAUCCCCUCGGAUUCCCAACCGAUCUAGCCUUCGCCUACCCAGCCCUCACACCCCUCUACUUCGACCGCGAAGACGUCAAGAUCGCCAUGCACGCCCCCCUAGACGUAGACUGGGUGGAGUGCAGCGGCCCCGUCUUCCUCAACAACAACCACGACACCUCCGUCGACGCAAUCCAGCACGUCCUCCCGCAAGUCAUCGAAGCCACGAACCGCGUCCUGAUCGCCAACGGGCAACUCGACUUCGUCGUCAUCACCGCCGGCACGCAACUCUCGAUCCAGAACAUGACGUGGAACGGCAAGCUCGGCUUCGAGGUCGAGCCUUCGACCCCGAUUGUCAUCACGUUGCCUGAUUUGUUGUACCAGCAGGCGUUUGUGGAGAAUGGGUAUGAGUUUGGGUUUGAGGACCCACAGGGAACGAUGGGGGUGCAGCAUUAUGAGAGAGGGUUGAUGUGGGCGGAGACGUAUCUGAGUGGACAUAUGCAACCGCAGUUCCAGCCGAGAUCUAGUUAUCGCCAUGUACAGUGGCUGUUGGGUCAUAUUGACGAGUUGUAAAUAAAAUAAGUAGCCUAAAAGUUUUCCGUCUCUCGCGGACAUAUACAUGUAAUGAAUAAUGUCUGAACCUGAAC